AUGGACUCGCUCACAAAUCUGCGCGACUCGCUCGACUCGUCCAGCCGCCAGGCGGCCGGCGGCGCCAAGCGCGACGAGGUGCAGCUGAACGCAGACUUCAAGGCUGCUGCGCUUCAGUUGACCACACUCUACCGCACCUCGCUCUCCACUGCCACUCGCGCCUACUCGCGAGGCUACACGGCUGCGCUCGCUGACUUGCUCGAUGUUGUGGCGCUGCGCUCGCGCGGCAGCGGCAGCGGCGGCCGGGCCGAGGCCAUGAUGGAGGAUGAGGGUGUGACCUCAUCAAGCAGCACCGCGACGGACUUUGCGUGGCUGGAGCGCUACCUGCGCGGCCGCAUGGAGGCCAUGCGUGGCGAAGGCGAGGAUGAGGAGAUCGACGAGGCCGAGACUCAGCGUACGCGGGAGGCAAGCGUCGGCUCGACGGCAUCUGGCACGCCGCGGCCACCGCCUCGCACUGCGCGCUCCUCGUCACAUGUGCAGCAGCGCGCCGCUCCGCCGGUGUCGCAGCCGCAGCCGCGCUCCAUCAGUGCCGGCUCGAGCUCAACGGCACGUCGCUCGCCGCCGGCUGCAGCGACUGGCCGCCCGGCCGCGCCGCCGCGAGCGUUCGCUGCGCCCUCUGCGCCGCCAUCUGCCGUCCGCACACGCAGCGCAGGUGGCCGCUCCGAGCCUGUCAGCGAAGCGGCCCCAUCAUCCGGCGAGCGGCAUCGCGUCACAUUUUCGGUCGACAGCAACACAUCCACGGACCAAGGUCCAGGCACGCCGGAGACACCUCUUGUCGGUCCGACCAGCAAUGCCGCCGUCCCGACUCUCACCUCGCCAUUCACCUUCACCUCGCCUUCUACGUAUGCCCAGCACGCCGGCUCGUCGAACAGUCCCGUCUUUGGCGUGACCGAGGCGCAGUCGCAUGCUGCCGCCUCUGCGCUCAAGCGCCGCCUCGUCUCCGGCGGCGGCCGUGGCUCGGCCGGCCACAGCAGCUCGGCGCCAAUCUCCUCGGCCAGCCUGGGCCACUUCGCGUCGCCGAGCACGCCUGGCGGCCGCGCUGCCCGCAAGGCGGCUGCCGCUGCCGCACGUGGCUCAGGGACGCUCGACCUCGGUGGCGUCGGCGCCGGUGGCCGCAGCAGCAGCGGAGCCGGCUUCGAGGGCCACGCGCUCAGCCCGGUUGGCGAAGAGGCGCCGGCGUCCUUCCGGCGCCUGCGCAGCCACAGUCCCGCCGACGCGCGGACGGUGCGUGGCCUCCGCAGCGGCGCCGAAGCACACGCCUCUGGCCGCACCGUCGACGCCUCGUCCGAGCAGAUGGACGAGAGCGACGAGCAGCGCGAGGAGAAGCCGGGCGGCCGCCGUGGUGGCGCCCUGCUCGGCUCGGACAGCGGCCGCGGCAAGCGGCGUCGGCGAGAGGGCAGCGCGACGAAUGCACCGGGCGAUGCCUGA